GGCAUGUUAACUAUUUAUAUAUCCAAGAAAAACCAGAUAUACAAAGCACACAAGAAGAAAACCUACACUCCGUCUCCCUCUCACACUCUUUUAUCCACGUCAUUAUUCCGGCAUCUUCUCCGACGACUCUCCGGCGUGUUCGUAAAACCUUAAAAACAAUGAAAAUGAUUAGAGAUGGAUGAGGAGCUGCCGGCUAUCCCAUUCACUAUGUCAAUCUCGUACUCCGACUGCUUCUCUGACCUCCUCUGCGGCGAGGACUCAAAUAUUAUCUUAGGAGAAGUUUCGUUAGAAUGCUCAUCGGACCUGGAUUCUAAGUCUCCGGACGUCGAAGAAUCGAUAACCGGACUUAUUGAAGACGAGCGAGAUUUUAUCAAAGAUUUUCAUUCAACUACUCACUACCUCGAUGCAUCUACUAGAGCAGAAUAUGUUGCAUGGAUUAUCAAGGUGCAAAAAAACUAUGGCUUCCAGCCAUUAACGGCGUAUCUCUCCGUCAAUUACUUUGAUCGUUUCCUCCACUCUCAUCGUUUGCCGAAAAUGAAUGGAUGGCCAUUGCAACUGUUGUCUGUUGCGUGCUUGUCAUUAGCUGCUAAAAUGGAGGAACUUCUGGUUCCUUCUCUAUUGGAUCUUCAGGUUGAAGGUGCAAAAUUUAUUUUUGAACCGAGAAAUAUCCAAAGAAUGGAGCUGAUUGUGCUGCGUGCAUUAGAUUGGAGGCUAAGAUCCAUUUCUCCAUUUAACUAUCUCAAUUUCUUCGCAAACAAGAUUGACCAGACUGGAAGUUAUACUAUGUUCCUUAUAUCAAGAGCCAAUGAGAUUAUUCUGUCAAACAUUCAAGAGGCCAGCUUCCUUGAUUUCAGACCAUCAUGCAUUGCUGCUGCAGCCAUACUUUGUGCAGCAAAUGAUCUGCCAAAUUUCUCUUUUAUAACUGCUCAACAUGCUGAGUCAUGGUGUGGUGGACUUCACAGGGACAAGAUCAACGGCUGCUAUCAAUUGAUGAGGCAGAUUGUUAUCAAUAAUAUGCCAAGGAAACAACCAACAAUGUUACCCCAUCUCCGGGUCAUGAGUCGGGCUAGUAUGUCAAGUGACUCAUCAUCAUCAUCGUCGUCCUCAUCUUCAAUUUCUUAUAAAAGGAGAAAAUUAAAUAAUGGCUUGUGGAUGGAUGAUGAUGAUAAAGGAAGCUCUGAUUAAAAGAAAACUGGUGGUCCAAGUUUGGGUAAAAAUAAAAUCCUCAAUAUUUUUUUGGGAGGAUUGUGAGGUAAAAUUGACACGAGUUAUAGAGUUUGGACAGUUUGAGAGAUUUUUUAAUAACUUUUUUUUUAAGUGGGCAUAGCCAUUCAUUUAUGAAGGCUACGCAGAUUCCCAAGGGAAGGGAUUUGGUACAUAUUAUUUUGGUGCAAGAAGAGAUUGUUUAAUACUAGUGGAGUGAUGGAAUGCGCUAAUGAAGUGGGGAGUGAUUGAAUUCAAAGGCAGCAUUGAUUAUUGAAUGAAAUGAAGAGAUUGCGGGACCAUAGGGAUUCAUGGGAUCGUAUAAGUCAAGUUCCUCAUCUUGGUAGCCAUCAUUUCUUCAUCUGCUAUUGAACAGAGAAAGUAAAAAGAAAAGGGGGAAUAAGAUUGGCUCCAUCCUCCAUUUAAAUAGGCUUUUUUUGAGUCUACGAAGUGACAGUGUGUACGCGCUUACAUUGUAUUAGACACGUGUGCAUGCAUUUUUGCUUUUUUUUUGGCGGUAAAAAAGCUAUUUCUUUUGAGUGUUGUACGUGAGUGCAUUGGAUGCAGGCUGUAUUAAUUUUUUUCAUUUUUUUUUUUUAACCAAAAGAGAGGGAAAGAACAUUUCUUUCUUUUCUUUUCUUAUUGGCUAAAGUUAGCCCAACCACCAUACAAAGGUCUUUGGGGCCUUUUUUUUGGGCGGUUGUUGCUUUACGAGUGUUGUAAUUAAAUUAUUGAAAUCAAACAUAAUUUUAUAUAUUUUUUAUCCU